UUAAAUUUAAGCCUUUCUAACCCAAUUUACCUACUCACUCCUUAAUUUUAUUUUGUGUUGAUCAGCUCAAAUCGAGUUGUUGGAGUCAUAGUCCAAACCAACAAUGGCGGUCGACAAAACCACAUUCGAAGCCAUAGUUCCAUCUCGAUUUAUCUCUCUAUCCUUUCCCACUCCCAACCCAAACCCAAAUCAUUCCUCCCCACUUCUUCGAAUUGCUGUUCUCGACUCACCGACUCUCACACUCGACCCACCUCUAGUUGCAGCUAUGUUUGUUCCCCAACACCGCGAAUCCGAUUGGAUUUUCAGCACCGAAUCGGGUCACCUCCACCUUCUUCACAGCUCACCCGGAAUCUCCCGCCUCAUCCUACUCGGAAACUCCCCCGAAAAGGAUCAUCCUUCCUCAACCAUUUAUAGCAAAAAUAACAACAACAACAACAGCAUGAGCAUGUCGAUGGAGGUCAGCUUCAAACCUCUUUUACUUGCUUUAUCGCCUAAGUCUUGCUUCAAACAUGGAAAUCCCCAUAUACCCAUUUUGAGUUACGAAGAUGGUGUUAUUUGCGGCAUGGUAUUGGAGAGGUUUGUGGGGUCAAUUGUUGGUGAGAUGUUAGUUGAAGAUGUAGAAAUUGAGGUUGAAAAUGGAGCAGGAAAUAGGGAGUUCCGGAGGCGGUUGAGGUUUAAGAGAAUGCCCAAUUUGAUUCAAUCUGAGGUACGUAUCUUUCCCAAGGAAGGCAUUGACUUCAAUUCUAUAGAAAUUGGUGAAGUUGAAUUCUCUCCUGAUAAUAAUGUUUUACUGCAACCCUAUUUAUCUCCCAUGGUGGCAAGCCUUUCUCUAAUUGGUAAACAUAUUCAAGACCGGAUUUUUAGUGGGUUUAGGCCAAAAGCUUUAUGUCUAGGAGUUGGUGGUGGGGCUUUGCUAUCAUUUCUCAAAACCCAACUGGGUUUUGAGGUGUUGGGCGUGGAGGAGGAUGAACAGGUUCUAAGUGUUGCUAGAAAGUUUUUUGGACUGCAAUAUUGUCCACUCCUCAAAAUAUUUGUUGGUGAUGCAAUGGAGUUCCUUGAGAAAAUUUCUCACCCUUCCGGAGAAUGUAAUGCUAGUUCUAUUGAUGCUGAGUUUGAUGUUAUCAUGGUUGAUUUAGAUUCAAGUGACGCCAGGAGUGGUGUCUAUGCUCCACCCUUGGAAUUUGGGGAGAAGCAUGUGCUUAUGGCUGCUAAAUCCAUUCUCUCCAAAAAUGGAAUCUUGGCUUUGAAUGUCAUUCCUCAGAGUAAUGCCUUUUAUGAGACAACAAAGCAUGAAUUUCAGCAAGUUUUCAGUGAGUUGUAUGAAAUUGAUGUCAGAAAUGGGGAAAACUUUGUCCUUAUUGCCACAACGUCACCUGUUAUGUCUUCUUCCACAGACACUAAGAAUUUAUUUCUCAGUAAACUAAGAAAUGUUAUUUCAGGAGCAUUCAUGGAUUCAAUAAAGAAAAUCUGAGGUCUAAGGAGAAAGUAGGCGAAGUACUCAUUUGGCAUCUUAUCUUAGAAUUAAAGCUCACUUAAGUAGACGAAUAAUGGGUGAAGCUCCUGUCGAUGGUAAUCUGUUUGGGUUGCUGAGGCUGCACACACUUCCUGCCCAACAAAAAAGAGGCUGCACUCACUUCCUAAAGUGUGCAUUAUUUUUUGGGUUUGGAAGGUGAAUCCAAGUAAGAUAUUCUCUUGCAAGUCAGCCUUUUCAUACACUGAUUUCAAAUUAGAUGCAAAAUGAAGAAAAGUGAGCCAAGUUAUUGUGGAAAAGUUGUGUACCUUCCAAAGUUAUAGGUUUUUGGAUGGGAACAUAGAAGACCUUACCAAGUGUUAUCUCAAGGAUGGUUAGACACUAUUACUCAUUUAUUUAUGGAAUUAUGUAUUCAGUGGUGCUGUAAGGCAAAUGAUUCAGGGUAAAUUAAUAGGGAGUAGAAGAUUGUCAAAGAUGUAGAUAGCUUCCACUUUGGCCACUUUUUUGGUGGUUCGGCUUGAAAGGAACUGCAGAAUUUUCUUAAGACAAAGGGUCUACAACAGAAAGCUUUAUGGGAGAGGAUCAAAUUCUUUCUGACUACUUGAAUUUAUAAAACAGAAGACUUUGAGGGACUUUCUUUCUUACAUCUGUAAAGAGAAUGAGGAAGUUUCCUCUACUAUUCAUGUUUUUUUCUGUGUUUUGUUUGAAUUUUGUAUACUUUGUUGGUGUUUGUAACGAUGGUUCCUCCACCAUAAGUGAGGGUUGGCAGUUGCAGUAUUAUUAAAGCUACAAUUGUUCCCAACUGCCUCUGUGUGUGAUAGUAGUAAUUUUUGUAUUUGAUUAUUAAUGCACUUGCAACUAAAGCAGAGUGGCCUUUGUCUUGA